GACGCCUACUCUGAAAUCGCCUACCUUUUCGCCGAGUUUUUCCGAGACCUUGACAUCGUCCCAUCUGACAUCAUUGCGGGCCUGGUUCUUCUGCGCCAACGGCAGCGGGCGAAGCGCAACGCCGUGCUGGAUGAGGCAAACAAUGACAUUUUAGCUUUUCUGUCCGGGAUGCCAGUGACCAGGAACACAAAGUAUCUGGAUCUGAAAAAUGCGCAAGAGAUGCAGCGGUACAAAGAGGUCUGUUACUACAUGCUGUUUGCCCUGGCUGCCUAUGGCUGGCCCAUAUACCUGAUGAGGAAGCCCACAUGUGGACUCUGUCGCCUGGCCAGAUCCUGCUCAUGUUGCUGUCUCUGUCCUUCGCGGCCCCGCUAUGCACCCAGCAUCACCAUCGAAGAGGACAACUGCUGCGGCUGCAAUGCCAUCGCCAUCCGGCGCCACUUCUUGGAUGAGAACAUGACCUCGGUGGACAUUGUCUACACGUCUUGCCAUGACGCGGUUUAUGAAACGCCUUUCUAUGUGGCUGUGGACCAUGAUAAGAAGAAGGUGGUCAUUAGUAUCCGAGGAACUCUGUCUCCAAAAGAUGCCCUGACUGACCUCACUGGGGAUGCAGAGCGCCUUCCGGUUGAGGGUCACCAUGGCACGUGGCUGGGACACAAGGUGUGUAAAAGAAAAGAAAGCAAACUGUGA